GACAAACAUGGGGAAAUUAGAUAAAGUUACUUAUUUGUUAUAAAAAGUGGGAGGAUCAAAUCUAGUGUAUGAAUUGGUCAAGGAUUCAUGCAGUCACCCCAUUGUGUAAUCUUAUCACAGGAAGUGUUUGGAUCAGUAAAGUGAGCUCAAUAUCAAGGCUAAGAUGUGGAGCAUAGCUGCAUUGGUGUUAGUGCUGACAGGGUCUGCCUCUUGCUACAUCACGUGCCCUGGUGGGAAGGUCUGCUCUGAUCAAACAACCUGUUGUUUGACUAAAGGAGGAUAUGCCUGCUGUCCAGUUCCCAAUGCGGUGUGUUGCUCUGACAUGGCCCACUGUUGCCCGUCAGGCUUCAACUGCAAUGUCAUCACCCAGAAGUGUGAGAAAGGCGACCAUUCAUGGAGCAGUGUGCCCAUGCUGAACAAGGUGGCUGCAGAGGAACCAAGCUCUCCUGUCUCUGCUCCGCUCGAAUCUGACAGCAGCCCUGUCCAGAGCAAUGCAAUGGAGAGCUCCAUGGUCGGCAAGGUGCAAUGUGACAACUAUUAUGCUUGUCCCGAUGGCACCACCUGCUGCCACCACCCCACAGGCCUGUGGUUCUGCUGUCCUUACUCUCCUGGUAGGUGCUGUCUAGAUGGGUACCACUGCUGUCCCUAUGGCUAUGACUGUGACCCCACAUACACAAAGUGUGUGAGGUACGGCAACCUGAGGUACCCUUUUGCUCCGAGGCAGGCCCCUUCAAUGAUCGAAGCCAUCAAGGUCUCCAAACCGGAAAACAAGGUCCAUGAUCAGGUCUCAUGGACAGCUCUAGUUCAGGCUACUGACAGCACGCCACAGGCUGGAGUCACUCACUGUGACACUAAAUUCUAUUGUCCUUCUGCAACCAGCUGCUGCAAGGGACCUAAUGGCAAAUGGGGAUGUUGCCCAUUCCCACUGGUAAAUAUACUGAAAGUGUUGGGUGUACUCUAGAGGGGAUUUAAUACAACUGACAUUAAAUACCACUGAGCUAUCAUUUGAUAAAGUAGUAUAUCAAUGUUAUGUAGGUAGAGCAUGUUUAAUAAUGUAAUUAACAUUUUAUCUGUAGUGCACGUGCAGAGCAGUGUGAAAUGUUUUAAUCAAAUCAAAUGUUAUUUGUCACAUGCGCUGAAUACAACAGGUGUAGACCUCACAGUGAAAUGCUUCCUUACAAGCCCUUAACCAACAAUGCAGUUAAGAAAAAUACCUAAAAAAAAGUAACAAAUAAAAGUAACAAAUAAUUCAAGAGCAGCAGUAAAAUAACAAUAGCGAGGCUAUAUGCAGUUGAAGUCAGAAGUUUACAUACACUUAGGUUGGAGUCAUUAUAACUCGUUUUUCAACCACUCCACAAAUUUCUUGUUAACAAACUAUAGUUUUGGCAAGUCGGCUAGGACAUCUACUUUGUGCAUGACACAAUACAUUUUUCCAACAAUUGUUUACAGACAGAUUAUUUCACUUAUAAUUCACUGUAUCACAAUUCCAGUGGGUCAGAAGUAGAGGUCGACCGAUUAUGAUUUUUCAACGCCUAUACCAUACAGAUUAUUGGAGGACCAAAAAAGUUGAUUAAUCGGCCGAUUACAUUUUCUUUUUGAAAUGUAUUUGUAAUAAUGACAAUUACAACAAUACUGAAUUAACACUUAUUUUCAAUAAAAUCAAUUUAGCCUCAAGUAGAUAAUGAAACAUGUUCAAUUUGGUUUAAAUAAUGCAAAAACAAAGUGUUGGAGAAGAACGUAAAAGUGCAAUAUGUGCCAUGUAAGAAAGCUAACGUUUCAGUUCCUUGCUCAGAACAUGAGAACAUAUGAAAGCUGGUGGUUCCUUUUAACAUGAGUCUUCAAUAUUCCCAGGUAAGAUGUUUUAGGUUGUAGUUAUUAUAGGACUAUUUCCCUCUAUACCAUUUGUAUUUCAUGAACCUUUGACUAUUGGAUGUUCUUGUGGACACUUUAGUAUUGCCAGUGUAACAGUAUAGCUUCCGUCCCUCUCCGCCCUGGGCUCGAACCUGCAACACAACAGCCACCACAUCGAAGUGGCGUUAUCCAUGCAGAGCAAAGGAAACAACCACCCCAAGGCUCAGAACGUGUGAAGUUUGAAACGCUAUUAGCGCGCGCUAACUAGCCAGCCAUUUCACUUCGGUUACACCAGCCUCAUCUCAGGAGUUGAUAGGCUUGAAGUCAGAAACAGCACAAUGAAGAGCUGCACGAAAGUGCUGUUUGAAUGAAUGUUUACGCUCCUGCUUCUGCCUACCAUCGCUCAGAUACUUAGAUACUUGUAUGCUCAGUCAGAUUAUAUGCAACACAGGACGUGCUAGAUAAUAUCUAGUAAUAUCAUCAACCGUGUGUAGUUAACUAGUGAUUAUGAUUGAUUGUUUUUUAUAAGAUAAGUUUAAUGCUAGCUAGCAACUUACAUUGGCUUACUGCAUUUGCGUAACAGGCUUGUGGAGUGCAAUGAGAGAGAGGCAGGUCGUUAUUGCGUUGGACUAGUUAACUGUAAUCUUGCAAGAUUGGCUCCCCGAGCUGACAAGGUGAAAAUCUGUCUUUCUGCCCCUGAACGAGGCAGUUAACCCACCGUUCCUAGGCCGUCAUUGAAAAUAAGAAUGUGUUCUUAACUGUCUUGCCUAGUUAAAUAAAGAUUAAAUAAAGGUGUAAUUAAAAAAAAAAAAUUGGCAAAUAGGCCAACAAAAAUACAGAUUUCCGACUGUUAUGAAAACUUGAAAUCGGCCCUAAUUAAUCGGCCAUUCCGAUUAAUCGGCCGACCUCUAGUCAGAAGUUUAUGUACAUUAAGUUGACUGUGCCUUUAAACAGCUUGGAAAAUCCCAGAAAAUUAUGUCAUGGCUUUAGAAGCUGCUGAUAGGCUAAUUGACAUAAUUUGAGUCAAUUGGAGGUGUACUUGUGGAUGUAUUUCAAGGCCUACCUUCAAGCUAUAUAUCUAAUAACAAAAAGUGCAAACAAAAGAAAAGUUAAUAGCUAUCUAUUGUUGUCUAGCUCCUCCAACCAAAACUCACCUUCCAUUGAACGUGUUAGCACCACUGUUUAGGUGACAGAUGAGGGCGCUAUAAUCUUGCUUUGUUGAGAUCAUGUCAAGUAUGUCCUGUGUUUAUGCAAAUUAAUAAAAGCAUAUAUCAGUCUACGUAAAUUGAAAUGAUGCAUAUGGAAGCAGUACUAACACUAAACAGAAACGGAGUGUCUGAUCCGACUAUUCAAUGGACUCCUGGGGGAUCAGAGUGACAGGAGGAUAGGGAAUGGCCUGGACAGUCGGAAAUUCAGGGAUAUUCCCCACAACACCUUUGAAAUGACUGAUGACAUGAUCAUGGAUCGAGGUAGGUGUCACUUUUGUCACAUGAAACAGAAUGUAAGCACCAAAUAAAGUAUGAUACUGAUGUGGUAAGGUAUCACAAAAAAAUUGGUAUUAUAUUCCAGUCUUUUGCGCAUUUGACAAGGACAACGACAGCUACGUCAGUGUGAAAGAGUGGACCGAGGGACUAUCAGGCUUUCUCCAUGGGACAUAGGAUGAAAAAAUAAAGUUUAAGAAAGCUAUAAAGUGUAUCAUGUAGGCUUUUUGACUGUUAUCUACGAUAUUUCUACCCAUGUAUGGUCCCCCAUUUGGUUUUCACAGCUUUGAUGUGUAUGACUUGGGUACAUUUCCCGGGAAGAGACCAUGACAGCAGACUGUCCUAUGCAGACUUUGAAAAGGCAGUGAGAGAUGAGAAUCUAUUGCUUGAGGCUUUUGGAACCUGCCUUCACGAUGCCAAGGUGACCCUUGAAGUUAAGACUGUAAAAACAGUGUAAUGACUUGUCUGUCUGGAUUGGACAAUAUUUUGCCUUUGUCUGACAUGUUCUUUCCUUUGGUGUUACAGAGCAUAUUGGCAUUUGAGCAGGUUGCAUUCCAGGAUCCACUUGAGCGUUAAGGACAUCACUAAGUUAUUCA